AUGAAGAGACACGCCACUCUGACGCCCGCUCUGCUGCGAGGGGACAUGGCUGGCCAAACACAGCAGCUUGAGAUCAGAACUGACAUUUGGAACUCAAACAGGUCAAAGGGAUUUCUCUGUGAAAGCUGCACGUCAGCCCACCACACGGUCAUCAUGCAUAAGCCGACAAAAGAUGAGAUUUAUGCAUAUGCACUGUCAAAGACUCUGACAAAGGUUUCCUCACCUGCGACUGUGGGACUCUACUCUUCAUGUGAGAACCGAACAAGCAUGAUUCUCAGGCGAAUGGAAAUUCACAUGAAGAGGGAAACUUUGAGGAUUGAGCAGGAACAUGAAGGGAGAUCCAAGCCCCGCUCAAUUCCUCCCUCAGUCACUGACUUUCUAUGGCUCAUUUUCCGACUGCUCUUCUGUAGGCCCAUUUGGACUGAAGAGAACCAGCAGCACCAUAACGUCAGGUUCAUUUAUGUACAUUUUAGUGCCUGGCACUUUGCAGGCAGUGACCUGCUAUGGGCUGGGAUUGCCAUACGACUGUUACGUGCCAUGCAGAUGAGCUUUGGGAAAUUACAGCUUGUACUAUACCGUGUUGCUCAACAUGAUGAAGAAAAGGAAGUCCUGAAAAAGAAAGUGGAGGAUAGUCGAAACGAUUGGAGGUCCAUAAAGAUUUGCUGCUGCCCUCUGUGGUUUCUCCUGCUGUCCAUUCUCAUAGUACCAAUGGUAAUCCUGGUAGUCAUGUUGACUCUUGGUCCUGCCAAACCUGAGAUAAAACCAGAUGAGGGGGAGAAUAACACAAAGGGCCAAGUGGGUGUUCUCGAGGGUCUGUUCAUUGCUGCGUUAGGAGUCCCUGCUGCAAGCGCAUUGAGGUUUGCCUAUCAGAUGGGCAAGAACCUCAUCUUCAGCCAGGAUCUGAACAUCAAGAGUGGGAUGGACAAUGAAAAGGUCAGCAGCCAACUGGGUUUCAUGAACGAAGUGAGGAAGGAAAUGUGGUUUCUGAAAUGUUUUAUCCAGUUUAUGGAGGUAUUCGAGAGGAGGAGGAUCCGAGUUGUACUAAAGAUCACCAAUCUAGAUCGGUGCUCUCCGAAGAAAAUCGUUUCAGUUCUGGAUGCAAUCAACAUACUGCUUUCAGAAGAAGAGAGUCCCUUUAUUUCCAUUCUGGCCGUCAACCCUGCUGUUCUUGUACAGAAGGUGAACUUUGCAGAUGGAUGCUUCAGCAAAGAGGACAGAGCUUAUGCACUGCUGAACUCUAUCGUGACACUGGCCUUCACAGUCCCUCCACUGGGUGACGAUUCAAAGCGCAGUUUGUUUGACAGCCUGACCAAAAAUUCCAAAGACGGAUGUAGAACUGGGGGUCGGAAUGAGAAAUCUUCCUCCGAUGUAUCAUUAAUGGAAAUUGUCUUGGAAACCAAAGAGUCAAAGCCAUUGAUUGAUAAAUCUACUGCGGCACCGGAUGUAAAGGAGGAGGAAGUGGAGAAAUUUGUGAGGAGUGUCUUGGCCAGCAAUGAAAGGAAUCUAAACCAGUACAUGGUAGAUGAUGCCAUGUCCAUGAGGAGGGUGAUCAACUCCAUCAGAGUGACCGUGAUAAUCAUGAAGGCCUUAAAUGAAGAACUUCCUCCACCAGAAUACAUUGCAGCAUGGGUGGUCUUGGCCAAUGAGUGGCCCUGUCGCCUCAGCUGGAUCAUCCAGUGUGUGGAAGACGCUCAGCAGAGAGCAGAUAUCGAUGGGAAGAAAGUGGACAACACUGAUGAGUCAAAGACCUUAUGGGACGUCUUCACCGAGUCCAGGGCAGAGUUGUACGUGAUGAGUUCACAGAUCGAGGACCUCCUCGAGCAAGACGGAGAUCCUGAGAUGUUUGAGAGGAUCCUCAAAGUUGAUUUCAAAUUCACUGUGAAGAAUUUGAAGACUUUUGAACUGGCGACGGUGAACUUGGAUCAUUCGAUCAGGAAGGAGCUGGCUCAGAUCAGAGGGACAUCCAGUCUGAAAGAUUCUGGCUGGAUGAGGGACCUUGCUCCUCUGCCAAUCGCAACCAUCAUCAAAAUGGAUAAAGAGGAUGUUUGUGAAGAGUUGCAGAGGUUGAAAUAUCCUCCUGAGUAUAUUGAUAUUGUGAAGAGGAAUAACCUCAGUGGUUCGGCACUGAUCUUUGGUGAUGCAGAUGAUCUUAAGGACCUCCUGAAUAUGACCUUUGGUGAAUGGGCAACUUUCAGACUGCACUUCCUUCCACACUUGCCAACGCAGCUCCGACCACAAUACAAGAAAACAACGUCAACUCCUCCUCACCCUCAGAACCGGCUGUCUCGAUUACAUGCUGCCCAGCAUUACUCGUCUAACCCCAGUCUGGUUAAGAACUGCAUGUAGGAAUCCACGACAGAGCCAUGAAGUCUGGCAUCUCUAAUAUUGUGAUUUAAAUAUGUAAGAUUUCAAUAACACCUGUGCUUUUAAUACAGUAUAUUCUAACAAGUCAAAAUGUUUGUUGUGAAAAGGGCCUGGACAACACUGCUGUAUUUUUAUAAUUAAAUGUGCUAUGGAAGGUGGAAAUUGAAAGUUAGCAGGGCGACAAACAAGCUGUGAAAUAUGUUAAGAAAAGGAAAAACAUAAAGAUUAACCAAAAUAUCUGUGAAAAGCUGUAAUUUACUCAUGCAUAAAACUUUAAUAAUGUGUUGUCCUUGUUGCUACAUUUUCUAAUACCAUAAAGAAUGUGUUCUGUGCCUUUACAAAAAACAUAAAAGCAUGCUAGAAUUUUGAAUCUCUUGUACUGUAAAAAAUAAAAGAACUGAACAUUUAGGUUUAAGAAAAGCUGUAGUAGCUUCUGUAUAUAUUUUCUUACAAUUGACAUAGAUUGAUUUUAGAUAUAAUUUACUGAUAAUGAAGAUAAUAAAAUACAGCGUAAGUAUAAGCUCCAGUAAACCAUAAUGCUCUUUUUAAUGCUAAUCAUUGAAACAGGUCAGGCAGCAAAUGAAAUGUAAGCUUAUGUGUGCAAUAAUUAAACUGCUCAUCAAAG